AUGGAUGUAGAUCUAGUACAUUUGGAGUCCAGUCUAUGGGUUGGUAAGAAACGUUACCGGGCAGCCCUUACCGACUGGCACCUCAACUGGACUGAGCUCGAUAAGAAGAACCGUGAUAAGACCGUUUCAGUACCAGUGUCGGAGGUUGUUGCUGUGGAGGAGGGGCAUGUGGAGGUUCUGCCCCAGAGGUCAGUUUCUGAAGACACAGACAGAGACUUCACAGUGUUCUAUGUGAAGCGUAGCAGCAGCGGUAGUUCCUAUGGGUUGCUAUGGCGCCUGGGCAGGACCCAGUUCAGCUGUCCCAGCAGAGACGUCAGAGACCAGUGGAUGACCCAGCUGAGGAUUGCCCUCAAAACACACAGCCCCUCUCGUCCUCACAGGUUGUUGGUGUUCAUCAACCCGUUCGGAGGAAAGAAACAAGGGAGGCAGAUCUAUCACUCUCUAGUGGCCCCACUGUUUGAGCUGGCAGGGGUCAGCUCUCAUGUUGUAGUGACAGAGCGGGCCAACCAGGCGAGAGACCACAUACUGAAGAAAGACCUGACUGGUUUCGAUGGUGUGGUAUGUGUGGGCGGGGAUGGAAUGUUCAGUGAGCUGCUGCACGGUGUGAUUGGCCGAACACAGCAGGAGGCGGGGCUAUCGGAGCAUGACCCCUCCCUACAGUCAUGUGACCUUCACAUUGGCAUCAUUCCUGCAGGCUCCACAGACUGCGUGUGUUUUGCCACUGUGGGAGUCAACGACCCAGUGACCUCUGCUCUGCACAUUAUCAUUGGAGACUCUCAGCCUCUGGACGUGUGUUCUGUCCACCACCACUCGUCUCUGGUGCGUUACUCUGUGUCUCUGGUAGGAUACGGGUUCUAUGGAGACGUGCUGGCUGAAAGUGAGAGACAUCGCUGGAUGGGGCCUCUCAGAUAUGACUAUUCAGGUGCUAUGGUGUACCUGAGUAACAGGAGCUAUGCAGGCCUAGUUCAGUACCUACCAGCAGACCCCCAGCUCUCCAACCCCAGGGACAACACACGCUGCCUCUCUGGGUGCAGUGUGUGUUCUAAGAGCACAGAGAGACUGUUCCCCCACUCUCCAGAUGCUAGUUCCAACUACAUCUCCCACUUCAGUCAGUUCAGCAGCAACUCAGAGGGUGAUUGGGUGAGUGUAGACGGCCGGUUCAAGGCUGUGUCCCUCACCUGUAUGUCCAGCUCCUGUCCUCGCAGUCCCCUGGGGCUGUCCCCCUCAGCACACCUGGCCGAUGGGACAGGUGACCUCAUCAUUGUACGGGACACACACCCCCUAGGGUUCCUCACCUUCCUACACAGACACACCAGCACACAGGACCAGUUUGACCUGCCCUUCGUGGAUGUCCACCGUGUGAAGGCAGUACGUUUCUCUCUCCCACCCGGAGAAAAGGGGGCUGAGGAUGAAGAGAGGGAGACAGUAAAUGGUGGAGGGAUGGCGGAAGAGGGGGAGAGAACAAGCCAGAGCGGUUCCCAACAUCACCUGGUAGAAAGAGGAGAGGAGCGAGGGAUGGCGAAUGACAGGAAGAAAGACUUGUGUGGCCUGUGCUGCAGUAAGCCUCCUUCAGUGUCUGUGUGGAACUGUGACGGAGAAAUACUUCCUCACACUGAGAUCCUCUGCAGGGUUCAUGGUCAGCUGGUGCGUUUGUAUGCCCGGGGCAUGGAGGACGGAUCAGCCACGCCCACCAGGAAGUGAACUGUGUUAGGGUCCGUUCACACUACUGACUGAGGGAGGCCAUGGUAGGGUCCGUUCACACUACUGACUGAGGGUGGCCGUGGUAGGGUACGUUCACACUACUGACUGAGGGUGGCCGUGGUAGGGUCCGUUCACACUACUGACUGAGGGAGGCCGUGGUAGGGUCCGUUCACACUACUGACUGAGGGUGGCCGUGGUAGGGUACGUUCACACUACUGACUGAGGGUGGCCGUGGUAGGGUCCGUUCACACUACUGACUGAGGGAGGCCGUGGUAGGGUCCGGUCACACUACUGACUGUGGGAGGCCGUAGUAGGGUCCGUUCACACUACUGACUGAGGGAGGCCGUGGGUUCACACUACUGACUGAGGGAGGCCGUGGUAGGGUCCGUUCACACUACUGACUGAGGGAGGCCGUGGUAGGGUCCGUUCACACUACUGACUGAGGGAGGCCAUGGUAGGGUCCGUUCACACUACUGACUGAGGGAGGCCGUGGUAGGGUCCGUUCACACUACUGACUGAGGGAGGCCGUGGGUUCACACUACUGACUGAGGGUGGCCGUGGUAGGGUCCGUUCACACUACUGACUGAGGGAGGCCGUGGGUUCACACUACUGACUGUGGGAGGCCGUAGUAGGGUCCGUUCACACUACUGACUGAGGGAGGCCGUGGGUUCACACUACUGACUGAGGGAGGCCGUGGUAGGGUCCGUUCACACUACUGACUGAGGGAGGCCGUGGGUUCACACUACUGACUGUGCGAGGCCGUAGUAGGGUCCGUUCACACUACUGACUGAGGGAGGUCGUGGUAGGGUCCGUUCACACUACUGACUGAGGGAGGCCGUGGGUUCACACUACUGACUGUGGGAGGCCGUAGUAGGGUCCGUUCACACUACUGACUGAGGGAGGCCGUGGGUUCACACUACUGACUGAGGGAGGCCGUGGUAGGGUCCCGUUCACACUACUGACUGAGGGUGGCCGUGGUAGGAUCCGUUCACACUACUGACUGAGGGUGGCCGUGGUAGGAUCCGUUCACACUACUGACUGAGGGAGGCCGUGGUAGGGUCCGUUCACACUACUGACUGAGGGAGGCCGUGGUAGGGUCCGUUCACACUACUGACUGACGGAGGCCGUGGUAGGGUCCGUUCACACUACUUCCAGAGAAAAAAAAUGCCAGAAAAGAAAACAUGAUUCUAAUCAAUAAUUCUGCCAGCUAGGACCAAUGAAAUGGCUCUCUCUCUGGUGUAGUUUUUUUAUAGAGUGAACGGAGCCUUACUGUGAUACUGAGAUGUAUCACAACUGAAGAAGGCUGUAUUACUGUACGAACCUCAUGUCGGCUCAAUGACAACGUAUCAGUUAGUGGGAUGUCUGUGGAAAUACUUAUUUUUCUGACCUGUGACUAUCAACAGAAUAACCAACAGAGCCUUACAUUUUACAUACCUCAUUUAAUGGCUACUGUAACUAACAGUAGGGUCAUCAUACAAGUUAGUGGGACAAUGGUCAUGAAUGAUGUGUGACUGAACGUAACAAUACCCAAAAGAGCCUUCCAAUUCACUUCAUCUGCUUUCUCUCUUAACCAAAUCAUUCCUGAAUAUUUUGACAAGUCUUUAGAUGGAGGUUUGAGGUAAUUCAAGGAAUGUACACUGAGUGUUCAAAACAUUAAGAACACCUGCACUUUUCAUGACAGGUGAAUCCAGGUGAAAGAUAUGAUCCCUUAUUGAUGUCACUUGUUA